AUGUCUUCCUCAGUACUUGAAGUCACAAAAGUGACAACACAUUAUUGGAAAAUAGCAAUCAAUCACGGUCCCUUUAACUUGGCAGGACCAGAAUUCUUCCUAGACCUUUGGAAUCUUUUACAGACUAUUGAAGGAGAACCAGACUUGAAGAUCAUGGUUUUCGAGAGCGCAAUCCCAGAUUUCUUUAUUUCUCAUUACGACUUACAACGGGCUUCGUCUAUCCCCGCCGAUCUGUUAGCCAAAUGGCCGUUAAUGAUGCUAAAACUCGCAACAAUACCCGUCAUCACGGUCGCCGCGAUCCGUGGAAGGACUCGAGGCAUUGGGUCCGAAUUUGUAUUGGCCUGUGACAUUCGGUUUGGCAGCGCAGAGAAAGCUAUCUUGUCCCAAGCUGAGGUCAGCUUCGGACUCCUCCCCGGAGGCGGAGGCAUUGAAUGGCUUCCAAAGCACGUGUCACGCGGUCGAAUGCUGGAGAUAAUUUGUGGCAGUGAUGAAUUUGAUGCCGCAACCGCCGCGCAAUACGGUUGGAUCAACCGCGCUCUUCCAGACGCUGAUCUGGAUAGUUUUGUGGACAAAUUCGCCCAUCGUGUGGCAGGCUGGCACAAACAAGCACUAUCAUCAGCAAAGCAUUUAACAAAUGAGCGAUUUGGGCUUCCUAAAGAGGAACACUUUUUUGAGUCUUAUCAGGCGAUGGCGCAGCUUUGGGCGGAUACUGACGUGCAGAGAAGGAUGGAGGUUCUAAUUGAUAAAGGUCUUGAAAAAGACAAGAAUGUGGAACUGACUGUCGCAGAGUUCACUGCUAGAUUUCCCAUGCAUUAG